AUGUCGCUCUCGGACCCGAUAGAUGCCCACGUCCACUCCGUUCCCAACACAACGUCCUCGAAUCAUGGGAACGGACCCAUACUCGCUCACACUUGGCUUGCUGCGCCGACCGCCGAGACGUCGGGAGGAUCACGCGAUCGCACUGAAGAAGCCAUAGCGAGCGACGAGGAUGAUAGCGACGAUGCGAGGUCGGAAAGGCCUAGGCUUGGGCAAGCACAAGAUGAGGAAGAGGAUGAGGAUCAUCGGGCGCGGUAUCUUUGCGGAGUGGACGCGUACUAUGGUGGGACUAGGCUGAUUCCGAACGAGGGGUCGACCGGUGAGUCGGCGCAAGGGGGAAGACUGGACAGGAGGUCAGAGCUGAAAACACUCUUCUUGUUUCCUGAGGAUAGCGCGAGAUUAUCUCGGUGAGCCCACCUCAGCUUCCUUUGCUACGUUCGCGAUCCCGAUCUCACCUUCCCGGAUCUUCUUACAGCUCGCGAACGAAACUUUCUCUCUUGGAUCAAGCUCAGCUCCGUUUUGAGCAUCAUCUCGGCCGCGAUCCUACUGCACCUCUCGCUAGGAGGUGUCAAAGAAGUCCCUCAAUUCGCUUUAAAUGCUGCAGUUCCGGUACGUCAUGUUUCGGAAAGUGGGUACCUCCGAGCCGCACGAAUGAACACGUAUGCUCAUCAAAGAUCUCCGCUUCCCCGUCCCGACCAACGACCGACAGCUCAGUAUCCUCUUCUUCAUCGCUGCGUUCUCGUCCCUUUUCGUGGGCAUUCACGACACACUCAGCGUCGACGACAAAUAUCGACGACGAACGGGCUUCGUCUACGCCGGAAGAGCAUCGACGCUCACGACCUGGGCGAUUUGUGGGCUGGCGUUGGCGAGUUGUAUCAUCUUAGUCAUCUCAGGAUUUGGGGAUUCGUAG